CAGUUCCAGGUAAGCACAGCUGAGAGGUAGCCGGCCUGCAUCGAGACUGUGAGCACACAUUUGUUCAUCUUGGAGCACCCUAAGGGGAGUCAAAAAUGGAGCUGAUUGGAUCUUCUCUAACAGCCACAUAUGCUCGGCCAAGAACCAGCCACUUCCUGCCGGCCAUCUCCACCAUGGCAUCCAGCUAUCGCAACACCCAGCAUGCGUUGGCCAUGAACCCAAGUGCCAACCUGUGGAGGACCAACAGCUAUUACAAAGGCAGCAGCACUGUCCCAGAUCUGGUUCGAGCCCAGACCAUGUUCUACCCAUCCAACAGGACAGCGAUGUCCAGCCGCUACACUCCCGACGACUGGUACAAGUCCAAUAUAAGCAACUACAGGGAGUCCGAGUCGUCCCGGAAAAGCGCAGAGAGACUUAGAAGAGACACCAUGAGGAUGAUGCAGGAUAAGGAGCAGCUCACCAGACUAACCCAGGAGAAAACCAACAAGAACAUUGGCGAGCGGCUUAAUGACAUUGUCUUCUGGAAGGCUGAGCUGAGCCACGAGAUUGACAACAUGGUGACAGAGAUAGCAGCACUCACAGAGGUUAAGAGGAGGCUGGAGAGAGCCUUGGCAGAGACUCAGGGGCCACUUCAGGUGUCUCAAGAGUGUUUGUACCACAGAGAGAAGCGGAUGUCCAUCGAUCUGGUACAUGACCACGUAGAGAAAGACCUCAUUAAGGAAGUGGAAGUCAUCAAGUCAUGUCAGGAAAGGAUGAGGCGACAUCUGGACAGAGCCAUCGCUCAGCUGGCGUCAAACCGUGCAGCCCAGCAUGAAUUGGAAAGAGACAUGAGCGACAAAGUGACGGCUCAGAGGAUAGAUGGCAGGUGUCACCAUCUGAGAAACACAUCCGACGGUAUCGGCUACUACAGAGGGAUUGAAAGACUUGACCCCUCGCUCUCUCUACCAGACUCGUGGUCCAAGUUCACAGACGACAACAUCCUGCUCUCCCAGAGCGAACGAGCUGCCUCCCAAAAGCUGAGGGACGAGAUAGAGAUCCUGCUGAGCACCACGUCCAACGAAAUGUGGAACCAGUUCAACAAUGCCAACGUGGCCUUCACAAACCGCAUAUCAGAAACCGCCGAUGCUAAGAACAGCCUGCAGACGCACCUGGCUAAGACUCUGCAGGAGAUCUUCCAGACAGAGAUGCUGAUUGAGUCUCUGAAGAAGGCCCUCAGAGACAAAGAGUGCCCGCUGAAAGUGGCCCAAACCAGGCUGGAGGAGAGGACCCGCAGGCCCAACGUAGAGCUCUGCAGGGACAACCCACACCACAGACUUGUGAGUGAGGUGAGGGAGAUCGAGGACACCAUUCAUAAACUCCAGGAGAGGCUGAUGGAGGCUGAGAACACUCUGCAGACUCUCGUCAAGACCAAAGUGACCCUGGAGCAUGACCUGUCCAUCAAGGCCAACUCACUCUUCCUGGACCAGGAAAAGUGCAUGAGCAUACGCAAGAGCUUUCCCAGCAUGCCCCGUCUGGUGGGCUACACCUAAAUCAAGUCUUCAA